AUGGGACUUUGGAGUAUUACAAACAUUCAUUAAAUUAAUUAUUUGAAUUCAAAAUAUAGCAGCAUGUAACCGCAAAGUGUUGAUGAUUGUCUUCUUUAACAGGUAUGGAUGCAGCUUUAAAUGUAGUUGAGACGCAUUUUCAGUUUUCCAGUCUUAAGUAGAAACCAUUUUCUAUUGAAAAGAUUCGAUUCCACUACUGGGUAUAUUCGAUUGUCUUGUUUGGCAAAAGAGAAUAGUUUUCGGCAAUUACUAGAAUAUCCAAAUGGGAUGCAGAAUUUAGUGAAUAUAUUAAUUCAAUUCAACUACACCAAUUGGGUAUACGAUCAAACCUUCGGUGCAGUGAUGCCAAUCUUUUCAAAGGAGAGGAAAUAAGUCUAAAUUUUGAUCAAGAAAAAUAAAGUAGAAGAAUUUCGCAGAUUUUUAUAAGAAUUAGAAGUCAAACAAGAAUGGGAUCCAAAAGAGGCUGAAUAUGUCCCAAAUAAGGAUAUGGUCAAAUUAUUUAUCGUCUUUGAAACUCAGGAAGAUGCGCAAAUAGGAUUUAGUAAAAUUUAACAAUCCAAAUCCAUUUAUGGCAUUCAAAAUGCUAAGAUGGAAGAAGUGGACUAUUUUACUAAGUUUUUGAGCAUUGUUGUAUUCAAGUAACAAUAAUUUUAAGAACAAAGAAUGAAUAAUAUGAGAAACUAUGAUGAAACUCAAAAUUAAUAUUAAAUUCACUCUUAAUAAUAAUAUUAACAAUAAUAAUAGUAUUAAUAACCUCAAUAAUAAUCUUAAUAAAUUUAAUAGCAAUAGUAAUAGUAAUAGCAACCACAACAAUCGUAAUAAGAAUAAUAGUUCUACGAUUUAUCAUCUUCAGAUAUAGUUAGUUAAAGACUAAAUUAAAUAAGAACUAAGGAUAAAGUCGAAUUGAACUUUGCUCCAUUGUAAGAGCAACAAUUCUAAUUUUCAUUUGUUCCCAUUCUUUAUCCCCAACAAGAACUACAACCUCCCCCAGAAUUGCCUAUGGAUUAAAAAAAAGAGACACAAGCAGAGCCAAUCUAAGUUGAACACCCUCUAGAACAACCAAUCGUUGAAUAGUCUGCCCAGUAACCAGACUAGAAAUAAACGAGAGAGACAGAAUCAAACAAAGAAAAUUCUGUUGAGAAAAAUCAUGUUAGGAAAUAUGAUGAAGGACGAACUGAGUAUCAUCAAAAACCUUAUUAUCAGAAUAGAUAUCAACAAAAGAGAAGACCGAAUAAUGACUCGCAUUACCAUUCAAACAAAUACUAUGAUAAUUCCAAUAAUAGAAAAACACAAUAGCAUUACAUUACAGAUAGAUUGGAAGAUGAUUUGAGAGAGUUCACUGGAUAUAAGAAGUACCAAUAAAGACCGUAGAAGGAAUAUUAUGAGCCAAAGAAGGAAUCCUGA